UGAUAUCAUGUUUCCCUUCUGCAGGAAAACCCAGAUCUGUGGAAGUGGUUAAUUGGCCAGGAGCAACCCCCUGAGGCACUCAAGACUAAUCCUGUUUUUACUGCAGUACGCAACAAGGUCUUGAACAACCUGAACAGCUACUCUGCUCCUGAGACACGGGCAACGCCUGGACAGCCAUGGGUUAGAGGAUGGGAUGAUAUAAAGAAGGGCCAGGGCGGCCCUAUAACCGGGAACCAGUAGUACCGCCAUCACCUUUUCAAGCUAAAUUCCAAAUUGCACGUUCAUUUGUAAUGAGUUAGCAACCAUAAAAUGUUUGAAAAGUUCCAAUGCCUAGUCUUAAUUUAAAUAACAAUGGCAAUACAAUAAAACAAAAAGGUAUGAGUAGAUGUCUUCUAUCUCGUCUCAUGAAAUGUCUCAUGGUUCUCAUUUUAGAUUGUAAAAUAUUAUAUAAUUCAUACACUUAAUCUGAGAUUCUCAGUCAUGGAUCUGCGUACUUUUCAGUUUUUAUAAUGAAACAAAAUAAAGUUUGGUAAUUUUCAAAUGGUGUUGUUUACAUAUGGUGUGUUCUUCUCCUCCGUAGGCAUAGUUCAUGGAUUGAAGUCUAAAAUGCAAAAUGUAACCAACCAAUGGUUUGUGGUAUAACUAUAAAUACCCGAUAGAAUUUGUGGGUGGAAGUGGAAAUUUUGCAUUCUAGCUGGCUACAUAUGAGAAAGUAUCAUAUUCAGUGGGGAUAACUUUCUGAAUGGAUUAAAAUCCACAACCUCACGGCUCUCGUUUCUUUGUAGCAAUAACAGAUGAACCCAAGAGAAGCAUCAUCAACAAUGGGCUCUGCAACUCUACCCAAGUCCCCGUCUUUCCUCUUCUUCCUCCUCCUCCUUGUGAUGCGCCUCAAUUUCCCAUUGAUGUCGAAGACAUUGGUAGAAUCAGCCUCUGAUGACCCAGCUCCAGCAGCAUGGCCCCACCAAUUCCACUCUGUGCUUUUCAUGAACAACAGCAAGGGAGCUCUGCAAAUUGUGGACCUCUGGUACGACUGGCCCAACGGCCGAAACUUCAACAUAAUCCAGAGCCAGCUGGGGAAGCUAACCUACGACCUGGAGUGGGACAAUGGUACCUCUUUCAUCUACACCUUGGAUGCCAACAGAGAAUGUAAGACCCUGCAUUUCCCUGUUGGCAUUCUCCGGCCCAAUUGGCUUGAUGGUGCUACUUAUCUGGGUCAGCGCCACGUGGAUGGUUUCCUGUGUAAUGUGUGGGAGAAGGUUGACUUCAUCUGGUACUAUGAAGAUGUCCUCACUAAGAGACCUGUCCACUGGGUCUUCUACACAGGGUUUAAUGCUCAUGUGAUGACAUUUGAGGUGGGAGCUGUGCUUGGGGAUGCCAAGUGGGAGGCUCCUGUUUACUGUUUUGGGGAGGAGGCUGAGGCAGAAAGGAACAGGAGCUCUGUGCUUGAAUCUAUGGUAAGUCAUCAUUCUCAUGGGAGUUUGAUGAGAGCUGGUUCUCGUGCAACCUGAAUGCCAUUAGAAUUAGCCAAUGGCUAUUUCUCUGGAGAAAGCUGGUUUUCUCGUGACAUGUUUGAAAUAGCUUUUGGGAUGUAGCAAAGUGAUUCUCGUUUAUAAUUUCAGUUGGCAUUCUAGCGAACGCUUGCAAUAUGAUAUGUUUCGCAUGUGAACCAAACUUCUCGUCUGUGCUACUUGCAAAGCAAAAAUUCUAACCAUUGGUGCCAA